UUUUGGAUGUAUGAAAGGAAUAUAUUAGAUGGGAAAAAAAAAAGUAAUUAAAUAUCUUCUUAUUUUUUUCCUCUAGUAUAAUAAAUUUCCGAUUAUAUUGUAAAAUAUAUCAAUGAUUAAAAAUGAAUUUUUAUGAUAUUAUCUCAUUCCUUCUUUUUUUUGGGUGGUAAAGGAAGGAAAAUAUAUUAUUGAACCAUCGAUCCUUGAGUUUGCUUCUAUUCCAAGGUAAUAUAAUAUUUCCCCAUAACAUCAAAUUAUUGAAAUAGCAAAUGGUUAUAAAUCAAAUAAGAGAUAAAGACAUAUCUUAGAGCAAAAUAUAAUAUAAUUAUCGAUAUACAUAAUACAUAAACCCUAGGACUCUAAUCAUAUCGUUGUAUAAGUAGCGUAGUACAAACACACACAGUUCAUCAGAACUUUCUAUUAAGAAUACAAAUCUUUGAAAACGAUACCUCUGGAGCGAUGUCCCUAACCCGCCGCAUUAACCUUCUGGUUGGCCUCUCAAAGUCUCUACAAUUCUCAAAUCGUCGUCACAUGUCCACCUGCGUCGCCUCAGCCACCGUGGCACGCUACCCGCUUGGAAAAGACCUCUCCUGGCUUCCCAGGAACCCGACGUCCGAGGAUGUAAACCGGGCGGCGGAUCUCGUAAAGGGGCGUCCUGUUUCUCUGCUAUACAGAGUCUUGACGAUGAUUGAGCUGUCAGAUGUUGACGGAGCCGUUGAGUUGGCUCGUCUCUCUGUCUUGAAAGAUGAUCGUGGUGGCCACGACACCAUCUUCAUAUGCAACGCCGUGAUCGGAGCCAUGUGCCAAGCGAAACGUUUCGAAGAAGGCAUCGGUCUGUUCCAUUACUUCUUCAACGAGAAUAACAUCGUCCCUAACAUCGUCUCCUUCAACCACGUGAUCAAAGCCUUUUGUGACCUAGGCCGUGUCGACGACGCCCUUCAACUCUACCGUCACGCUGCUCGGUUCGGUGCAGACAAAGAGACAUUCAGUGUUUUGACUCAAGCCUUGGUCCACGCCUAUGGCUACGGGGAAGCUGGAAUAUUCGUGGGAUUAAGUAGAUGCUUAACUACGGCGGAUGAUUGGACGCCCAUGCUCAUUGAGAUUCGUGGGCGCUUGGAUCAGAUGAAUGCUGAAGAUGCUGAUGAUUACUUUCACACGAAUAGGCUGAAGUUCGAUGAUGAUGAUGAUGAUGGAGUUUUCAAAUCGAUUGCUACGAUAUUUGUGGAAUAUUGGCUCAAACAUGACAAUGAAGAGAAAGCAAUGGAGUGCUAUAGCACUAUCCGUACUUGGGAAAGCUUGCCUGCCACCACCGGGAACACCCUUUUAAGGAUUUUGCUAGAAAAUUGCAAGAGAACUGAGGCUGGGGCCUUGAUCGAAGUAAAUGCUAAGGACUUGUUUCACAACAUGUUGAAAAAACACAAACGUUUUGAUUCAGAGACCAUUAACAUAAUGGUGGACUACUGGUUCAAUAUUGGCGAGUUUAACAAGGCCAUGGAGACAUUCAACGAGUCACAACAACAGGGAAGAAAGAUAAUGGUUCGGUGUUAUAGUAACGUGAUCGCUAGGCUUUGCGAGCGUGGGAUGAUGUCGGAGGCUGAAGGUUUGUUUGAGGACAUGUGUUCAGACAAAGACUUGUCUCCUCCUCCUGAUGUGUCUACAUUCAGAUCCAUGGUCAAUGGAUAUGUUCGUGCUGGAAGAGUUGAUGAUGCCAUCAAAACCUCGAACAAAUUAGCAAUUUUGAAACUGCGCAAGGUUUCUGUUUAUGAGGACUGAUGUUAAUUUACUUCCCUAAUUAAGAGUUACUACUUGUCGCUGUAUCGUUUUGCUUUUUACCUUGCUGUAGUUUGAGCUGACUUUUGCUCUCAUCAUGCUCAUUGCACCUUCGUGGUUGUCAAAAACCCAAGCUCAAGCACUAGAGUUAAACAUUUACUUAAAUAGUAAUAGUAAUAAUAAUAACAUUUACUGAUCAGACGUUAAGAGGAAUGACCGUAGAUUGUAACUUAUAAAGUUAUAAAACAUGUUUUUACAUCAGUAUUGUCACAACAUUUACUCACCAAAGUGUUAGUAGUUUAGUAGUAGUGAUAAGAAUUUAGUUUUAUUGGGGACGAAUGAUUAUUUUUUAAAUCUGAAUUUUAUAGUAUAAUUUCAGGUCUACGAGAAAAUAUAGAUUUAGAGCUAAGAAUUUUCCUGGUAAUAAAAAAUAUUUACGGUCAUUUUAUAAUAGAGAGAAAAUAACAAACUUGUCAUAGUAGAUCUAUCUUUCCUUAUAGUUUUUUUUUCUUCUGAUUUUCCUUUACAAACAGAGAGAAAAUAUAGAUGCACUCUUUCGUGGUACAUCGGCUACUUUCUAUUUUUUAUCGGUUAAUUUAAUAAAACUUUAUAUGCUCCUUAAAUCAGUGAACAAAUCACAAUAAAAUCAUUAUUUUAGAGAAACGAAGACAAAAAAAAUUUCAAAC